AUGUACGAGCAAGCAUGGUACGAGCAAGCAUGGUACGAGCAAGCAUGGUACGAGCAAGCAUGGUACGAGCAAGCAUGGUACGAGCAAGCAUGGUACGAGCAAGCAUGGUACGAGCAAGCAUGGUACGAGCAAGCAUGGUACGAGCAAGCAUGGUACGAGCAAGCAUGGUACGAGCAAGCAUGGUACGAGCAAGCAUGGUACGAGCACGCAUGUACGAGCAAGCAUGCAUGGUACGAGCAAGCAUGGUACGAGCAAGCAUGGUACGAGCAAGCAUGGUACGAGCACGUAUGGUACGAGCAAGCAUGGUACGAGCAAGCAUGGUACGAGCAAGCAUGGUACGAGCAAGCAUGGUACGAGCAAGCAUGGUACGAGCAAGCAUGGUACGAGCAAGCAUGGUACGAGCAAGCAUGGUACGAGCAAGCAUGGUACGAGCAAGCAUGGUACGAGCAAGCAUGGUACGAGCAAGCAUGGUACGAGCAAGCAUGGUACGAGCAAGCAUGGUACGAGCAAGCAUGGUACGAGCAAGCAUGGUACGAGCAAGCAUGGUACGAGCAAGCAUGGUACGAGCAAGCAUGGUACGAGCAAGCAUGGUACGAGCAAGCAUGGUACGAGCAAGCAUGGUACGAGCAAGCAUGGUAUGAGCACGCAUGGUACGAGCAAGCAUGGUACGAGCAAGCAUGGUACGAGCAAGCAUGGUACGAGCAAGCAUGGUACGAGCAAUAUGCAUGGUACGAGCAAGCAUGGUACGAGCAAGCAUGGUACGAGCAAGCAUGGUACGAGCAAGCAUGGUACGAGCAAGCAUGGUACGAGCACACAUGGUACGAGCAAGCAUGGUACGAGCAAGCAUGGUACGAGCAAGCAUGGUACGAGCAAGCAUGGUACGAGCAAGCAUGGUACGAGCAAGCAUGGUACGAGCAAGCAUGGUACGAGCAAGCAUGGUACGAGCAAGCAUGGUACGAGCAAGCAUGGUACGAGCAAGCAUGGUACGAGCACGCAUCAUGGUACGAGCAAGCAUGGUACGAGCAAGCAUGGUACGAGCAAGCAUGGUACGAGCAAGCAUGGUACGAGCAAGCAUGGUACGAGCAAGCAUGGUACGAGCAAGCAUGGUACGAGCAAGCAUGGUACGAGCACGCAUUGUACGAGCAAGCAUGGUACGAGCAAGCAUGGUACGAGCAAGCAUGGUACGAGCAAGCAUGGUACGAGCAAGCAUGGUACGAGCAAGCAUGGUACGAGCAAGCAUGGUACGAGCAAGCAUGGUACGAGCAAGCAUGGUACGAGCAAGCAUGGUACGAGCAAGCAUGGUACGAGCAAGCAUGGUACGAGCAAGCAUGGUACGAGCAAGCAUGGUACGAGCAAUAUGCAUGGUACGAGCAAGCAUGGUACGAGCAAGCAUGGUACGAGCAAGCAUGGUACGAGCAAGCAUGGUACGAGCAAGCAUGGUACGAGCAAGCAUGGUACGAGCAAGCAUGGUACGAGCAAGCAUGGUACGAGCAAGCAUGGUACGAGCAAGCAUGGUACGAGCAAGCAUGGUACGAGCAAGCAUGGUACGAGCAAGCAUGGUACGAGCAAGCAUGGUACGAGCAAGCAUGGUACGAGCAAGCAUGGUACGAGCAAGCAUGGUACGAGCAAGCAUGGUACGAGCAAGCAUGGUACGAGCAAGCAUGGUACGAGCAAGCAUGGUACGAGCAAGCAUGGUACGAGCAAGCAUGGUACGAGCAAGCAUGGUACGAGCAAGCAUGGUACGAGCAAGCAUGGUACGAGCAAUAUGCAUGGUACGAGCAAGCAUGGUACGAGCAAGCAUGGUACGAGCAAGCAUGGUACGAGCAAGCAUGGUACGAGCAAGCAUGGUACGAGCAAGCAUGGUACGAGCAAGCAUGGUACGAGCAAGCAUGGUACGAGCAAGCAUGGUACGAGCAAGCAUGGUACGAGCAAGCAUGGUACGAGCAAGCAUGGUACGAGCAAGCAUGGUACGAGCAAGCAUGGUACGAGCAAGCAUGGUACGAGCAAGCAUGGUACGAGCAAGCAUGGUACGAGCAAGCAUGGUACGAGCAAGCAUGGUACGAGCAAGCAUGGUACGAGCAAGCAUGGUACGAGCAAGCAUGGUACGAGCAAGCAUGGUACGAGCAAGCAUGGUACGAGCACGCAUUGUACGAGCAAGCAUGGUACGAGCAAGCAUGGUACGAGCAAGCAUGGUACGAGCAAGCAUGGUACGAGCAAGCAUGGUACGAGCAAGCAUGGUACGAGCAAGCAUGGUACGAGCAAGCAUGGUACGAGCAAGCAUGGUACGAGCAAGCAUGGUACGAGCAAGCAUGGUACGAGCAAGCAUGGUACGAGCAAGCAUGGUACGAGCAAGCAUGGUACGAGCAAUAUGGUACGAGCAAGCAUGAGCAAGCAUGGUACGAGCACGCAUGGUACGAGCAAGCAUGGUACGAGCAAGCAUGGUACGAGCAAGCAUGGUACGAGCAAGCAUGGUACGAGCAAGCAUGGUACGAGCAAGCAUGGUACGAGCAAGCAUGGUACGAGCAAGCAUGGUACGAGCAAGCAUGGUACGAGCAAGCAUGGUACGAGCAAGCAUGGUACGAGCAAGCAUGGUACGAGCAAUAUGCAUGGUACGAGCAAGCAUGGUACGAGCAAGCAUGGUACGAGCAAGCAUGGUACGAGCAAGCAUGGUACGAGCAAGCAUGGUACGAGCAAGCAUGGUACGAGCAAGCAUGGUACGAGCAAGCAUGGUACGAGCAAGCAUGGUACGAGCAAGCAUGGUACGAGCAAGCAUGGUACGAGCAAGCAUGGUACGAGCAAGCAUGGUACGAGCAAGCAUGGUACGAGCAAGCAUGGUACGAGCAAGCAUGGUACGAGCAAGCAUGGUACGAGCAAGCAUGGUACGAGCAAGCAUGGUACGAGCAAGCAUGGUACGAGCAAGCAUGGUACGAGCAAGCAUGGUACGAGCAAGCAUGGUACGAGCAAGCAUGGUACGAGCAAGCAUGGUACGAGCACGCAUCAUGGUACGAGCAAGCAUGGUACGAGCACGUAUGGUACGAGCAAGCAUGGUACGAGCAAGCAUGGUACGAGCAAGCAUGGUACGAGCAAGCAUGGUACGAGCAAGCAUGGUACGAGCAAGCAUGGUACGAGCAAGCAUGGUACGAGCAAGCAUGGUACGAGCAAGCAUGGUACGAGCAAGCAUGGUACGAGCAAGCAUGGUACGAGCAAGCAUGGUACGAGCAAGCAUGGUACGAGCAAGCAUGGUACGAGCAAGCAUGGUACGAGCAAGCAUGGUACGAGCAAGCAUGGUACGAGCAAGCAUGGUACGAGCAAGCAUGGUACGAGCAAGCAUGGUACGAGCAAGCAUGGUACGAGCAAGCAUGGUACGAGCAAGCAUGGUACGAGCAAGCAUGGUACGAGCAAUAUGCAUGGUACGAGCAAGCAUGGUACGAGCAAGCAUGGUACGAGCAAGCAUGGUACGAGCAAGCAUGGUACGAGCAAGCAUGGUACGAGCAAGCAUGGUACGAGCAAGCAUGGUACGAGCAAGCAUGGUACGAGCAAGCAUGGUACGAGCAAGCAUGGUACGAGCAAGCAUGGUACGAGCAAGCAUGGUACGAGCAAGCAUGGUACGAGCAAGCAUGGUACGAGCAAGCAUGGUACGAGCAAGCAUGGUACGAGCAAGCAUGGUACGAGCACGCAUCAUGGUACGAGCAAGCAUGGUACGAGCAAGCAUGGUACGAGCAAGCAUGGUACGAGCAAGCAUGGUACGAGCAAGCAUGGUACGAGCAAGCAUGGUACGAGCAAGCAUGGUACGAGCAAGCAUGGUACGAGCACGCAUUGUACGAGCAAGCAUGGUACGAGCAAGCAUGGUACGAGCAAGCAUGGUACGAGCAAGCAUGGUACGAGCAAGCAUGGUACGAGCAAGCAUGGUACGAGCAAGCAUGGUACGAGCAAGCAUGGUACGAGCAAGCAUGGUACGAGCAAGCAUGGUACGAGCAAGCAUGGUACGAGCAAGCAUGGUACGAGCAAGCAUGGUACGAGCAAGCAUGGUACGAGCAAUAUGCAUGGUACGAGCAAGCAUGGUACGAGCAAGCAUGGUACGAGCAAGCAUGGUACGAGCAAGCAUGGUACGAGCAAGCAUGGUACGAGCAAGCAUGGUACGAGCAAGCAUGGUACGAGCAAGCAUGGUACGAGCAAGCAUGGUACGAGCAAGCAUGGUACGAGCAAGCAUGGUACGAGCAAGCAUGGUACGAGCAAGCAUGGUACGAGCAAGCAUGGUACGAGCAAGCAUGGUACGAGCAAGCAUGGUACGAGCAAGCAUGGUACGAGCAAGCAUGGUACGAGCAAGCAUGGUACGAGCAAGCAUGGUACGAGCAAGCAUGGUACGAGCAAGCAUGGUACGAGCAAGCAUGGUACGAGCAAGCAUGGUACGAGCAUUCGCACUCACAGCAGCCCUGUGUCUGCCCCGCACUGUCUGACACCACCCCCGCGUGGGCCAUGGCAGCAGGUAGAGAGGCAGGCUCAUCCGGUGCCAGCGGUACAUUGCAAGGGGCAGGUGAGCUGUGA